CGCGGAGGGGCGGGGUGGUGCCUGCCGGCUGAACGCGGCGCUGCGGAGCGUGGUAUGGCGGUGUUGGGAGGGCCAUGGAGGGCCGCUGCUACGGGUGUGCCUGCAAGUUCAGCCUCUUCAAGAAGGAGUGCGGCUGCAGGAGCUGCGGGCGCUCCUUCUGCUCGGCCUGCCUGAGCUGCAGCGCCACGGUGCCCCGCUGCGGGAGCGCUCCGCAGAAGGUGUGCAAGCAGUGCCACGGGAAGAUCACCGGACAAGAAUCUCAAAGCAGUUCAGCAAAAUGGUCACCACCAGAAAACUACAAAAAGCGCGUAGCAGCGUUUGAGGCUAAGCAAAAGCAUCUGAAAGGACAACAGAAAGCAGAUGCAAAACCACUCAGUCAAGAUGACUCCAGAUACCGAGGGCUCUCCAAAGAAGAUAGAGCUAUUGCAGAGAGACUGGAGAAGCUCAGGGAGGAAAGGAAACCCAAGUCCAUCCCUUCACAGGCUGAGAUCGAAGCUAGGCUGGCUGCACUGAAGGAGGACUAUCAUGGACCCAUUCCAUCUGUGCAGGAAAUGGAGGACCGGUUGGCUGUCUUGCAGGGGAGGGACCCUCCUUCCAAGGCUCCCAGACCAGUACACCAACCCCCUGAUACCAGAAGUCUGUCUCAGCAAACAGAUGACCUGUUAACUCAGCUGGCUGAGGAAGUUUCCAUUGAUGAGCAUUAUAGUCCAGGAGUCCAGCCUCGAGCUGUUAGUGGCCGAAACUUGAAUGACCUGAGUAGGGAAAGUGAAGAUUGUGUUUCCCAUGCAAAUCUGGACCCAAAACAGCUAGAGGAAGAAAAAAAUAGACUUCUGGCAGAGGCUGCUGCUGAGCUGCGAGAAGAAAACACUAGGCAGGAAAAAAUCUUAGAGGUUGCUAAGAGACUGGCAGUACUCAGAGGCCAAGACCCUGAGGAAGUUACACUGGAAACUUACAAGUUCCCUGACAGCGAUGAGGAAUUGGAUGAGGAGGAAGCCAUUCAGAGAGUGCUGAAACAGCUUACAGAGGAAGCAGCCUUAGAUGAAGCGUGUGGAUUCAACAUUCUUCCAGAUCAGACCACUCAGCCAGGAUUCUCGCAGCAGAACCUACAUAAAAAAACAAAGCAAGGGAGCCAGACUCCAACUGCCAUAGCUCUUGCUGAGGCAGAUGACAGUGAUGAACAUGAGUUACCCUGGUGCUGCAUCUGCAACGAUGAUGCCACUUUGCGAUGCCAUGGCUGCAGUGGGGACCUCUACUGCCAACGCUGUUUUCGGGAAGGCCAUGAUGAGUUUGACAUGAAGGACCACCGUACCUCUCGGUAUCGUCUUCCUUGCAAGUAGUGGUGAUCAGAGUCAUUGCUGGCAGAAAAGGAGAUGAACUCCUCCCAUCUGGCCCACUCUCUCUUCUGGUCUCCAAGUGGAUUUUCAGCCAAAAUGGGGUGAUGUUUUGGACAGUAAAAGGGUGUGCUAUUAGCUAAGAGUGGCUUGGAGGGCAUGUGUCUUGGUCCUCGGAAACACAACCAGAGAAGUGCUGGGCUUGUCACCGAUGCUUGGGAUAAAUGAGGAUUUGAUGUGAGCUGGUGGGUCUGAGUCUACAGAUAGAGACAGUAAGGCGUCAUGAAUAAUAGUGAAGAUGUAUGCUUAAGGCAGUGUUGGCUGGUUGUUAAGUAACCUCCUGCUUUUGCUAACAGCUUACGCAUUGGUUCACAAGUCAGCAGAGCACUUUGCACUAAGAAAUUGUCUAUGUCAUGGUCACAUGUGUGAUGAAAACUUCCGAAAUGUAAUAAAACUAUUUACAGCAGACUGUG